AUGGCUCGAAAGCGGCACCGAAGCACCGACGCCGACCCCGCCGUGCUGCCGUCCAUAGACGUCGACGUGAGUGGCUACAGCGGCGCGAGCAGCGACGUUGACCGGCACGUCGUUACGCGGGACACGACGGCACGAGCGGACGACCACGAGGAAGCGAUGACGCGGCCGCGUCCCACGCGACGCGCAAUCAUCUGGUUCCGGCGCGACCUGCGACUGCACGACAACGUGGCGCUCGACGGCGCGAUCCGCGCGCAGCAGGACGUCGGGGGCCGCGAGGCAAUGGCCCUGCUGCCCAUUUACAUUGUCCACCGGCCGAAGCGGCAGCGCUGUGGCGCCGUGCGGUUCCAGUUCCUGCUCGAGGCGGUCGCGGACUUGGCUGCGUCUUUUGCGGCCCUGAACGGUCGUCUGCUCGUGCUGCGCGGCGACGCCGAAGAGGUCCUGGCGGCCGUAAUGGCGGCCUGGCGCGUCACGGACCUGUUCUUCGAGGAGGCCGUUGUGCAGUACGCCGUGGCGCGGGACGAGCGCGUGCGUGCGAUCGCUGCGUCGCUUGACGUCAAGACGCAGUCGUUCCGAGGCGUGACGCUGUACGACUCGCACGAGAUCAUUGACAAGAACGGCGGCCAGCCACCGGCCGACUACGAGCGGCUGCUGGAGAUUACGGACAAGAUGGCGCAGCCCGCCGUGCCGAUCGCUGCGCCGCUGUCGCUGACGAACGCCGCGGCGUUCAGCCCGAACGAGUUGUUUGCAAUGCUCUGUCGAUACGGUUGCAGCGCGGUGUAUUGUAUGGCUGGCGUGACGGCCGACAGGGCGACGUCCACUGACGCCGAGUUGUUUGCCGUCCCGCCGCUGUCGGAGCUCGGACUGACACCGCCAGACCCUCACACGCCGUUUAUCGGCGGCGAAAGCGAAGCCAUGAAGCGCCUAAACGCGUUUUGCAAGGACGAACGACGGGUGGGGCUCUUUGAAAAGCCCAAGACGUCUCCGGUUGCCGUCGACGCGGCGUCGACCACGACGCUGAGUCCGUACUUGACGUUCGGGUGCCUGAGCGCCCGUGAGUUCUUCUACCGCAUCAUGUACAUUCAGCUGCACUUUCGUAAUCGCCCGGGGCCGACUCAAGUCACAUUGGAAGGGCAGCUCAUGUGGCGCGAGUUUUUCUACUGCCACGCCUGCAGUUCGCCGGACUUUGACUCGCUCGAGCGGAAUCCGUGCUGCAAGCAGGUCGACUGGAAGCUGUCUGGCGAAGACUACGUCUCGCGUCCUGAGUUGGACCAGACCAAUCUACUCGGUGUGACCGACGCUGAGGAGAAGCUUGCAACGCAUCACUUGCAGUGCUGGAAAGAAGGACGCACGGGCUUUCCAUGGAUUGACGCAGUGAUGCGGCAAAUCAGGCUGGAAGGCUGGACGCACCAUGCUGGGCGUCAUGCCGUCGCGUGCUUCCUCACGCGUGGAGGGCUUUACAUCUCGUGGUUGCGCGGGGCAACGCACUUCCAGGAGACAACAAUUGAUAUGGACUGGCCGAUCAAUGUCGGGAAUUGGCUCUGGGUGAGUGCGAGCUGCUUCUUUUCCAACUACCGUCAGAUAGCGUCGCCGUCGACGUUCCCUCGGCGAUGGGAUAAGCACGGCCACUUUAUCCGCAAGUACGUCCCCGAGCUGCGUAAUAUGCCGGACAAAUACGUCCACGAGCCGUGGAAGUCAUCGCUGAAAGAACAGCGCAAAGCAGGCUGUCUGAUCGGUAAGGACUACCCGUUCCCCAUUAUUGAUUUCAAGCACGCGAUGACGCGAUGCUUAGCUAACAUGAGCCAAGCUUACUCCGACUGCGAGACAGAGUCUAUGACUACCUCAGGAUCGAGCACGUCUGCAUCGACGAGUGACAUGGAAACGGGUGACCAGUUGCCCUGGGACUCGGACGAUAUGUGCUACAGCUACAGAGGCGCUACGUCGAGUUCGUAG